AUGGCGCCUCGGAGGUGGACUACGUCACAAGAGCUCGAGUGGCUUCAAAAUGAACUACCUGAGUUUCUGAAGAUGCAAAAAGAACAAAAAUUAACUCGUUUCUAUGAGCUGCUGUCUCCAAAAUGGUUUAGCCGUUUUCCAGAACGCUUUAAGUAUUGGGAACCCACUGGUAAUCCUCCACAUGGACGGGACGAAGUUGAUCAUCAGAACGACGACAGUAUCCCUGACGGUGACGAGAGUGUUCUACUGCCACUCACCCCAGAACAGGAAGCCGAGCUUGAAGGGGCAAAUGAAAUCCGGCGGAAAAAAUUAAAAGAAUGGUUCCGCAACAAUGCCAAAAGUAAAACAACACCUAGCAGCACAUCAACAAGUAAAGCUUUUGCUCAACUACUGGGUCAGCGUGCUCGCAGUGUUCGCGACUUGAAGGAUAUCGAAGUUUAUUCAAGAACUUACUACAAAAUGAAAGUACAGCCGCUGGUCGAGGACGACAUUCAGGAAAACCAGCUUGAUGCCAAGAACCGAAUUGCGAUUGUGCAAAAGCACAUCCACAAUUGUUUUGAAGCUGAACCAGAAGAAGUGAAGGCAGAGAUUCGUGAGGAGGCCGCAAAGAUCAAUGCUUCCAGAAGACUAGGAAGUAUUGUAUCAGAUACACGCACUAAAGAGGAAAUAUACAGAGCUAUCCAAGAGCUGCCGAUGGUUCUGGGACAGAUUUGCGAUGACCUGGCGAAACUGACAGGAGGCUGGCAUUUUUCCGUAGUUAUGGGGGGUGCUGACCCCAUGUGUCCAGGCGAUAUCAUGACACUAAGUUAUCACCACAGCAAAAAUCAAGAUGGGCAUAGUUUCAAGGCUGCCAACCCAGAUUUCCACGAGCAGUAUCUUAUGCCAUUUGAAAAACAUCUGCAACGUGUUUUUACCACAUCAUCUUCGUCCUUGCCAAUUCCCAGCCCAUCUCCUCCUCAAGCGCACACCCAUCAUGACCCAGAAGAACCAUCUCUUCCUGUCCCCGUCGAAUCUCCUAUGAUGAUUCCUGACCCAUCUCCCCCAGCACCUCCUGACUUCGCAUCACCAAACACCCAGAACGACACACAUACUCCUGUCCCUGUCGAAUCCUUGAUGGACCCCAAUUUUCCUGUCUGCGACACCGAUAUUGAUGCAUUUCUUGCUACAAUUUGUCCACUGGCAAGUGAUGGUCCACAUGGUGACAGCCUUCCACGUGUCUCUGCCACUCCCUUACCUAGCUUGUUCACCACCAACUCGCAUUCAGUUCUACCUAUCUCCAGUACUCCUGUAGAAAAUGUCACUCCCUCGCCUGGCUUGGAACAUUCCACUGCAGUUGACAAUGACUCGCAUUCGCUUCUGCUCGUUUCCAGUGCACCUGCACCUCUCACAGACUUGCGUUCACUUCUGCCCAUUUCCAGCGCACCCGCACCUCUCACAGACACCACUUCAAUUCCCACUACAACAAACACCUUAAUUCCUGCAGGAAGUGUUCCUUCAGUCUCUACUGCUCCUGGGAGACGCUCAUUAUUGCGACAACGCUCAUUUGCUCAAUGUGACGGUUACCUUGUGUACUUGGGAAUAGAGCGCACGAUCACGUGGUUCAAUCAACUUGAGAUGUUUUUGAAAAAAAGAGUUGAGACACUUAAUGAAAAUGUUCAACUAAAGAUCACGUAUGCAAAGCCCAAAUCUGACUGUGAUCAGGCACAGGCUAACAAUAGCGCAGCCAAAUGCGCAAUGGUAACGGCGCAACAGGUGAUAUAUCAGCGCACUCCUGCAGAUUCUGGCGUAAACAGACAUGUUAAAGGGUGGGGGUUCAUACGCAAGCAUGACAAUGUUGUGACAAUAAACUGGAUUUUCGAGGGAUCUGGAACUACAGACGAAGGAUGCAUACCAAUUCCAAGAAGUGAUGGAAUUGCAUCCGAAACAGGACGGGCAAAAGUGAGGGAGAAGAACGGUUGUGAGGGAGCUGUGGAGGCGGGUGUCAUGGAAAACAGAUUCGAGGAAAACGAUGCGCCAUCUGGGUUGUUGUCAGCAAGACGUCAUUGCAAAUCCCGAAGACAACAGUUUGACAUGCGCGUGGAGACCGAAGUUGUCACAGUCGAAGUCGAAGUCGAUAACGGUUCGGAAUGGUUCAGCAAGGCCGAACCAGAACGGGACCGUUGGGGAAGACCUAGAACCGAGAACCAUUUUGCAGUCCGGUUCUGGCUGGUGUGA